GUCGGAGCCCGCUGGAGCUCUACACUAGACUUCUCCAGUGCUCUUUUUGUUGUUGGGUUUUUUUUCUUUCUUUCUUCCGCGGAGCCCCUCGGCCUAGUCCUCCCGCCCGCUUCCGAGCAGUGCGAACCUCUUCCCGCUCCGCAGCUCGCGUCCCACGCGGAGCAGCCCAGCCGGAGCGGAGAUGCGCCUCAUUCAGAACAUGUGCACCAUCGCGGAGUACCCCACUCCGGGCAGCGCAGCCGCUGCCGAUUACUGCCUGGGGGCAGCGGGACGUCGGCUGGUCAAGAUCGCUGUGGUGGGGGCCAGCGGCGUGGGCAAGACCGCCCUGGUGGUCCGGUUCCUCACCAAACGAUUCAUUGGUGACUACGAAAGAAAUGCAGGUAAUCUUUACACCAGACAAGUCCAAAUAGAAGGUGAAACUCUGGCUAUUCAGGUUCAAGACACUCCAGGUAUUCAGGUUCACGAGAACGGCUUGAGCUGCAACGAACAGCUGAAUAGAUGCAUUCGCUGGGCAGAUGCUGUGGUGAUCGUUUUCUCUAUCACCGACCGCAAGAGCUAUGAACUCAUUGGCCAGCUCCACCAGCAUGUCCAGCAGCUACACCUGGGCACUCGGCUGCCCGUCGUGGUUGUGGCCAACAAAGCUGACCUGUUGCAUAUCAAACAGGUGGACCCUCAGCUUGGACUACAGCUGGCCAACAUGCUGGGCUGCUCCUUCUAUGAAGUAUCUGUCAGUGAAAAUUACAACGAUGUCUACAACGCCUUCCAUGUCCUGUGCAAAGAAGUGAGCCACAAACAGCCACCAAGCAGCAUGCCGGAGAAGCGAAGAACCUCCCUCAUCCCCAGGCCCAAGUCGCCCAACAUGCAGGACCUGAAGAGGAGGUUCAAGCAGGCCCUUUCUGCCAAAGUGAGGACUGUCACCUCUGUCUGAGGCAGAGGCCCUCCAGGGGGUUUGGUCUUCCCAGGAAGAGGUCUGAGGUUCUUCCAGUGCAGGAACAUUGAAUGCUGGCAAUAAUUCAUGGUUCCAGAAGGGGCUGGAGCAGAGAGGCCAGGAGGGCCUAUGGAACUGGUACGGAAAAGAAAGCAUUGUUCUGAGCAGGGGGACAGGACUGAUGAGGCUCGAAUGAGCCCACUGAGCCGCUCUGUGAAUAUGUGAAAUGUACUCCAUGUCUUUUCCUGUGGAGGGGGAGGGGGCAUACUUGCUUUGGAUUUUGUCCUUAACUACCUUGUAAAUGAUGGUCGGUUGUAGUUUCACCAAAUAUAUUGAUGUGAUUUCCAGUGGGGAUGAAAGAACAGAUUAAGCUCUCAGAGGCUUUCCUUUUUUUUUUCUUCUUUCUUUUCGUUCUCCCACCUACCCUGCCCCCCAAGGAAGAAUUGCUUUUCUCUUACAAGGACGAUUUGCAUUUUUGGAACAUUAUUUCUUAUAGAUUGCCUUUCUAACCUAAAGGGUACCCAGAUUUCCUUUUAAAGAACAAAGAGGAAAAUAUUUCCCCAGCCCCCCAAAAGGGUGGACUUGAUGGGCCAAAAUGUUACAUACCCAGACAUCUAAGAAUUCAUAUGGCCCGACAUGGUGGAGGCUGCUUAGUUGGGCUGAGGUUGAGUGGUUGGGGACUCACGUUCUUAAGCCCCAUACUUUGAGUAGUUGUGAGACUGUAUAAUUAAAAAAAAACAACAAAAACUGUUGCAUUGGGUACAGAAACAAAAAUGUGUCCGUUGAAUUUGGUGUGAUUUGUGUAAACGGCGCAUAGCAAUGACCUUGGGCUGCUUCCCAGGCCUGGUUGAGUCAUGGCUCAGAUACAAAAACUGCCUUACAGUGAGUGAACAGAUGCACAGACUCCCUACACAGAUGCACUUUAAAAAGCCACUCAUGCUUUGGCUUAAAUUGUAAUUAAUUUAUUUUAUGUACAAUAAAUCUCAUUUUAAAAGAA